AUGCCUAGUGACGCAGUUGAAAAACCAAUUGAGGACACCAAACCAGAGGAGGAUACCGCCUCUUCUGAUUCGGAUGAUGAUGACGACACUCCACCAGAGCUGGAAGAUCACGAUGCAGCAGCUGCACAACAGCAGAGCCAGGUUGCUGCAGCAGCUGGACUGCCAGAAGAGCUAGUGUCCAAAGCCAAGCAGAGCCGCAGUGAGAAAAAAGCACGCAAAGCUAUGUCAAAACUUGGACUGAAGCCAGUACCUGGAGUUACCCGAGUCACCAUCAGGAAAUCCAAGAAUAUCUUAUUUGUAAUUAGCCGACCAGAUGUCUACAAGAGCCCGGCCUCAGAUACCUAUAUUGUCUUUGGGGAAGCAAAGAUUGAAGAUCUGAACCAGCAGGCCCAAGUGGCAGCUGCCAACAAAUUCAAGGCAUUUGACGCUGCCGGUGCUACAGGUGAACAAGUCAGCACAGUCUCUCAGCCCAUACAGGAGGAGUCCGAGGAGGAAGAUGAGGAGGUUGAUGCCACCGGGGUGGAGCACAAGGACAUUGAGCUGGUGAUGUCCCAGGCCAAUGUCUCGAAAGCCAAGGCAGUGAAGGCUCUCCUCAACAACAGCAAUGAUAUUGUCAACGCUAUCAUGGAAUUGACGAUGUAA